UUUUAAUUUAUACUCCACUAUCUUUUAAGUUAUGUGAAAUCCCUCCUCUUCUGCGACUCCCCUUUUCUUCUCAGGCCCGUCUAGCUAGCUGCUUUCCGAUCCAAGAAGAAGAAGGAGGAGGAAAUCCAAUCCAAUUUCCACAAGGAAAGAGAUGAUUGGUUUUGCGCCGGCGCCAGGCCGGCCGCUCUUCGUGCUCUUCGGCUCCUCCAUCGUGCAGUUCAGCUUCAGCAAUGGCGGGUGGGGUGCCGCUCUUGCCGACAUCUACGCCCGCAAGGCUGAUAUCCUUCUCAGAGGGUAUAUUGGUUGGAACUCAAGGCGCGCCCUUCAAGUCAUUGACAAAGUUUUCCCCAAGGAUUCGCCCGUGCAACCUUCUUUGGUAAUAGUUUACUUUGGUGGCAAUGAUUCGGUUGCUGCCCAUUCAUCUGGUCUUGGACCUCAUGUGCCACUAGAGGAGUACAUAGACAACAUGAGAAAGAUAGCAAAACACCUGAAGAGCUUGUCUGAGAAGACUCGUGUCAUCUUCCUCAGCUGCCCGCCGCUUAACGAGGAGACGCUCCGUAAAUCAACCAGCACUGUACUGAGUGAGAUAGUCCGGACAAACGAAACUUGCCGCCUGUACUCUGAAGCCUGUGUAUCUCUAUGCAAAGAGAUGGACCUGAAGGUGGUUGAUCUUUGGAAUGGUAUGCAGAAGCGGGACGACUGGGCGACAGCCUGCUUCACGGAUGGACUGCAUCUCUCUGAAGAAGGGAGCAAGAUUGUCGUGGAAGAGAUACUGAGGGUACUCAAGGAGGCAGAGUGGGAUCCAUGCCUGCACUGGAAGGCGAUGCCGACGGAGUUUGGGGAGGACUCGCCCUAUGACCUCGUCUCCUCCAGCGGCCAAUCCACCAUCAACCCCUCCGACUGGACCUUCCACAGGAGGAUACAGUGGGACUGACUGAACCCGUCGACCCCACAGGAGCAUCUCUGCUGCUUCCUUAGUUCGUCUGAAUCUAAAUUUCUGAUGAUGACGAUGCCUGAUGGAUCAUAUCUCCAACGUGCUCAAGAACAUUACAUGAUUUAUAAUUAAGAUCUCUUUGAUUUAUCGUAGGGAUCAAAUACCAGCUUUUGACGAAGGGGUCAUGUAUUAAUAGGGUUUAGCUCGAUCAAUCAAUCUCAACAAAAGACAGAUUUAUGAUGAUAUUAAUUGUUUUGU